AUGAGGUUAGACAAUGUUAUUAUUCAUGUUGGAGGAAAUAAUUUACGCGAGGCCAAGGAAUUGGCUCAUCAUGCAGAGCAAAUUGGUGCUAAUGCCAUCAGCUCCCUUCCAACAGUGUUUUUGAAGCCCAAAAAUGUUCAAGCACUGGUUGAGUACUUGAGAGAAUUGUCAGAAGCAGCUCCUACAUUACCGCUGUAUUAUUACCAUAUACCAUCAUUGUCUGGUGUGAAUUUAUGCAUGGAAGAACUACUUGAUGCAAUUGGUGACAGUAUACCAACAUUCCGUGGUAUGAAAUAUACUGCUGCAGAUUUACAUGACUUUGGACGAUGUAUCACCCAUAGCAAUGGGAAAUAUGAUAUGCUGUAUGGUAAUGAUGACUCCAUCUUAGCGGCACUAUCAUUUGGAGGAAAAGGAUUUGUUGGAGGUACAUACAACUAUUCUGGAAAAAUGUGCAAUCGUGUCAUUGAUGCCUUCAAUAAACGGGAUCUUGAAACUGCCAGGUCAGAAAUGUUUAAAGUGCAAGCCUUCGUCAGUGUUCUAAAUAAAUAUGGUGGUUCUGCUGCCAAUAAAUGUAUCAUGGUCUUAAGUGGCCUAAAUGUUGGACCACCUAGGUUACCGUUAAUGGAGCUCACCAAGGAACAGCAUGAAAAUCUACAAAGAGAUUUGAAAGCCACUGGGUUUUUUGACAUUAUUUAA